AUGAAGCAGUACCUCCAGUACCUCGCGGCGACCCUGCCCCUGGUGGGCCUGGCCACGGCCCAGCAGGCGGGUAACCUGCAGACCGAGACUCACCCCAGGCUCACUUGGUCCAAGUGCACGGCCCCGGGAUCCUGCCAACAGGUCAACGGCGAGGUCGUCAUCGACUCCAACUGGCGCUGGGUGCACGACGAGAACGCGCAGAACUGCUACGACGGCAACCAGUGGACCAACGCUUGCAGCUCUGCCACCGACUGCGCCGAGAAUUGCGCGCUCGAGGGUGCCGACUACCAGGGCACCUAUGGCGCCUCGACCAGCGGCAAUGCCCUGACGCUCACCUUCGUCACUAAGCACGAGUACGGCACCAACAUUGGCUCGCGCCUCUACCUCAUGAACGGCGCGAACAAGUACCAGAUGUUCACCCUCAAGGGCAACGAGCUGGCCUUCGACGUCGACCUCUCGGCCGUCGAGUGCGGCCUCAACAGCGCCCUCUACUUCGUGGCCAUGGAGGAGGAUGGCGGUGUGUCGAGCUACCCGACCAACACGGCCGGUGCUAAGUUCGGCACUGGGUACUGCGACGCCCAAUGCGCACGCGACCUCAAGUUCGUCGGCGGCAAGGGCAACAUCGAGGGCUGGAAGCCGUCCACCAACGAUGCCAAUGCCGGUGUCGGUCCUUAUGGCGGGUGCUGCGCUGAGAUCGACGUCUGGGAGUCGAACAAGUAUGCUUUCGCUUUCACCCCGCACGGUUGCGAGAACCCUAAAUACCACGUCUGCGAGACCACCAACUGCGGUGGCACCUACUCCGAGGACCGCUUCGCUGGUGACUGCGAUGCCAACGGCUGCGACUACAACCCCUACCGCAUGGGCAACCAGGACUUCUACGGUCCCGGCUUGACGGUCGAUACCAGCAAGAAGUUCACCGUCGUCAGCCAGUUCGAGGAGAACAAGCUCACCCAGUUCUUCGUCCAGGACGGCAAGAAGAUUGAGAUCCCCGGCCCCAAGGUCGAGGGCAUCGAUGCGGACAGCGCCGCUAUCACCCCUGAGCUGUGCAGUGCCCUGUUCAAGGCCUUCGAUGACCGUGACCGCUUCUCGGAGGUUGGCGGCUUCGAUGCCAUCAACACGGCCCUCAGCACUCCCAUGGUCCUCGUCAUGUCCAUCUGGGAUGAUCACUACGCCAAUAUGCUCUGGCUCGACUCGAGCUACCCCCCUGAGAAGGCUGGCCAGCCUGGCGGUGACCGUGGCCCGUGUCCUCAGGACUCUGGCGUCCCGGCCGACGUUGAGGCUCAGUACCCUAAUGCCAAGGUCAUCUGGUCCAACAUCCGCUUCGGCCCCAUCGGCUCGACUGUCAACGUCUAA